UCAGUCAGUUAGCAUGGCCAAUUCUGCUGGUACUGAUUCUGGCUCCGGCUCCCGUUCCGGCUCUGGCUCUGGCUCUCCGUGCGGCGCAUGCAAGUUCCUAAGACGCAAAUGCGUGUCAGACUGCAUAUUUGCCCCUUACUUUCGGUGCGACGAUGGAGCAGCCCGGUUUGCGUCCAUCCACAAGGUGUUCGGCGCUAGCAACGUCUCCAAGCUCUUGUCGCAUGUGCCUGCGCAAGACCGGUGUGAGGCUGUGGUCACCAUUGCCUACGAGGCUCAGGCCAGAAUCAGAGAUCCUGUCUAUGGCUGCGUCGCCCACAUCCUUGCUCUCCAACACCAGGUUGCGAUUCUGCAAGCACAGGUGAUGCAAGCCAGAGAUCAGUUAGCUCAUGGUACGGUGGGAUCUCGAGUGAUGUCUGCUGUCGAUCAAUGGCAGGGGAACAGGCCGCAAGCCGAGCCCUCAAUAUGGCCAGCGGCAGUCAUAUUCAGGCUGGCAAUCUGCCAUGUCCCCGUCGAGCUCGCUUGGUAG